AUGGAGGGGAGCAGCGUGGCCACAGCUGCCGCCAGCUCCUCACCCCGAAAGCAGACCUGCUUGCAAGCACCCCCUCGGAGCCCAACGGGCCGGGGUGCAGCUGCCUUCCCCGAGCAGGGUGAGAGGAUCCUGGGCUAUGCAGAAGAGCCUUGCUACCUGUGGUUUGUCAUGGAGUUCUGCGAAGGGGGAGACCUCAACCAGUACGUGCUUUCACGAAGACCAGACCCGGCAACAAACAAGAGCUUCAUGCUGCAGCUGACCAGCGCCAUUGCCUUCCUACACAAGAACCAUAUUGUCCACCGGGACCUGAAACCAGACAACAUCCUGAUAACUGAGAAGUCUGGCACCCCUGUUCUCAAGGUGGCUGACUUCGGGCUGAGUAAGGUCUGCGCUGGCCUGACUGCUCGGGGCAAGGAGGGUGGGCAUGAGAACAAAAAUGUGAAUGUGAACAAGUACUGGCUGUCUUCAGCUUGCGGCUCCGAUUUCUACAUGGCACCCGAGGUUUGGGAGGGACACUACACUGCCAAGGCUGACAUCUUUGCCCUUGGCAUCAUUAUCUGGGCCAUGAUUGAGAGGAUAACUUUCAUCGAUGCGGAGACCAAGAAGGAGCUGCUGGGGACCUACAUCAAGCAGGGGACCGAGAUUGUGCCCGUUGGGGAAGCGCUGCUAGAAAACCCAAAGAUGGAGCUGCACAUCCCUCAGAAACGCAGGACUUCCAUGUCUGAGGGGAUCAAGCAGCUCUUGAAAGACAUGUUGGCUGCUAACCCACAGGAUCGACCUGAUGCCUUUGAGCUUGAAACCAGAAUGGACCAGGUUACAUGUGCUGCUUAAAUUCAGGGCAGGGCACUGCUGUGCUUUGCAGCUGGGUUAAUUUACCAGGGACCCAUAAUCUCCAUUAUUUACGUGCAACGAGGGAAGUCAAAGAUAUAAGAGAAGAUGAUGAUACAGAAGAUCCCUGGUCUGCAGGAUCUCUGGCAAUGUGAAAUCUUUGGGUGUUACUUUUUGUUGGGAAGAGGUGUUCUGGGGGUGUGGGAGGGGUCUGCAGGGGCCUGUAGAAGAGCACAAGCUGGCAACUAUCACACUCACGAGACUUUUAAACAAGAUCCAGAGAGUAGAUCCCCUGCCCAGCCCUCCCCAUGUCUCCUGUGCUGCCAUUGACUCAGUAGAUGUUUCUAGGGAAGAUCUGGUUCCAUAAGGAGGUGGGAAUUGGCAGCCCAGCAGCGAGGUGUGCUGCCAGGCACCAGCUCCGAGUCCUACUGGGCACAACUCUGGGUUUAAAGCUAUUGCUUUCACCUAGGGGAAACAGGAGCAAAGUGAUGGCUAGGCUUGCACUGGGAGUGCAAUGCUUUAGAAAAAGUGAGUCUCUUGGGUCACAUGUUCCAAGCAGCUAAAUAAUUUCAUAGCCGGGCAGCUUCUGAAUAGCUGGAUGCUGCCCAGGCUAUGAGCAGUUGACAUUAAGAUAGAAUAGCAUAAACAAGCUGGAAAGCCAUUCAGCAAGGCAGGUCUUGAAUGAAGGCAGAUCUUCGUUCUCCCUAAGCUGGAUUUCACUAGUGACGUUUGUUACAGUCUUUCUAUUUAGAGGGCAACGGGGAGCCCAUAGGUACAUUUUCAGAUGGACAUCAUCUGCAGACAAUAGAAACAGAAAGCAGUCCACUUACUCUGAUUCAUUUAAUGCCAAACUUCAGUUGUUAGGAACAAUAAUUGGCAGAGAAGGAGGUUUGGCCUAAAUGGCUCAGGGGCUGGAUUCUAGCCUCCCACAAAACACUUUUCCCUGCUAGAUAACUAUCUCCAGGAAGCAAAAGGUAAUGCUGCUGUUUAGGUUUGGUUACAGUACAGUACAGCUCAGGUAAGGAGAUUAGAACCUCAGGCUGAGCAGUUAAUACUCGAUUUCCUUGCCUAUAUGUAGAACAACACUAAUAUUCUGGGGCUGACCCUGUGUUGAUGGUCUUUAGACUUUUCUCACUGUAAAUGCAACGUAAAGCACCACCUCUUCUCUACCCUGCAGGUUCUGAACCAACUAAAACAUUUCUCACCAGGCUAAAUCACCCGGCAGCGGUUUGGGGAGUGGGCUGCUCUGACCCAGCAUCGCUCACAAACUGCCCAGGUGCUCAGCCCUUACUGCAGCUGGAGCUGGCCAGGGCCACGGGCAGAAGAGGGUCCCUCCGACCCCCUUGUCCCUGGCUGUGGGAACUGCUCCUUGCUUGCAUGCAGGCUGCAGCUUUCCUGUGUCAUCACUGGAAGGUUCCUGAACUAGCAGCACCUCCUUGUGUCUACUCAGUGUCCUUUGCUGACCUCAUGGGAAUGAAUGGAAAUGCAGGAAAUUCAGGUGGGCUAAGGCAGAGCUAAAGCAGGGAAAGGAGGGAGGGGGUGUUUUUUUCUCUUCCGUAUAUUCCAGGACACAAAGCUAAGGCUGUCACUGUAGGAAGGCCAGGUCCCUCUUAGGAGGAUGAUGCCAGAAUGCUCCAGGCCAUCUGUCUGUGACUUGUGAAGGUUUGGACAGCACAAAUGCAGCACCAAGCCCCUGUUCCUACACUCCUCUUCUGUUUGUUCCUAGAGAUGCUUCUGUGGGCUGUGGCCAGCCACAGCCAGACCAUGACGGUACAGGCUCCUUCCCCCAGGCUGGUUACUGGGGUUUGAGCAGUUUGGGGUUGGUUAGCAGGCACUGUGCUCAGCCCUGGCCACAGAGCAUUCUCAGGGGCUUUGAACAGCGCUUUGGCUGCUCUCAUUUCUCUCUAACUAGCAGCAGAUCCCUGCAGUGGCUGUGCUGAGGAGCCGCAGGUGGGUUUCUCCCCCAGUUCCUGGGGAGGGCUUGCAGAGCCCUGCAUCCUGCAGAAGGGCUGCAGUGAGAUGAGAGCUGAACCCUGUAGUUCCCAAGUACAGUGUUAGUGCCCUGACCACCGGACCAUCCUUCCUCCACCUGACAGAGCCUUUGCUCCUGACUGUUGUAACUGUUAUAACCUAACCCUGGCUUGAAUGGGUGCAAUUAAGAGGGCUUUACCCUCCCAGCCCUGCUUGCAUGGCUUUCCCUGCUGGAAGGGCCCCUCACCAGGUGUUACCAUCCCAGUUCCUAGCAGGAGGUUUCCAUGUGUGGAAACCAAGCCUGAAACGCAGGACGUGGAGGUGGAAGGGGGUGAGUGGGUUGCUCACCAGGACCCCUGCCUCCAGCCAGCUGCCAGCACCCUGCUCCUCUCUGGGGACACAGGAGCGAGCCUGGCAGGCAGCUCCGAUUUGGAGAGCAGGCAGGCAGCAUCCAGGCAAGCCCUGGGAGGAUCAACCCUCUUUGGUCUGCUGCUGUUUCAGGCCAUCUUCAAACCACACGUCUCCACCUCAGCUUUUGCAUUGCAGAUGUGUUUUUAAAGCAGCUUGAUGUUAGUGAGCUAGACCGUAGUGCCUUACUUAGGAUUUAGCAAACACUUCCAAGGACAAGUCCUAGGGCUGCUAGCCUUUGGCCAAUGUGGAUGUUUCCCUGAUUAGUUUGUCCUUUUAAGAGCAUUUCUCCCUGAUGAUUUUGCUGCUGUUUGUGCUCGACUCCUCAGACUAUAUGGGAACCUGCCUUGUGUUUACAGCUCCCAGCAUCUCUCCUCCCAGUUACUUUGGCCCAGACCAGCACUCCCCCUAGAACAAGGUGGGAACAGGGAACAGCUCAAACCUGCAUGUGCUAUGGGAUGGAGGAUGUUUAGGCUUCUUUUCCCAGGUGGGUCUAUCGGGCACCUCCUGCCCAGCUCCUGCAGGCUGAACUUCUCCCUCCACUGUAGAAGUUUUUGGUAUUAGGAUGCGCCGCUGGGAAAACUCAAGCUUAAGCAAGCAGCAUCAAUCCUGCAGCCCAUUGCCCAGCCCAGGGCCAGGCUGUCUCCAUCUCUUCCUGGCCACAGUGAAGCCGAGCAUCCAGGUGCCAGGGGGGGCCUGAUCAGUGGUGGGGGGGGCCAAGCACCCUCUUGUGAAACCCUGCCACCCUCUGGGCUUGUGGGGCCCCAGCUGGUGCCUGUGCUGGGGGAGUGAUUGUAUGAAACUGUUUACUUCUGACUAUGCUGUUUACAAGAGGGAUGUGGGGUGGGGGGGGGGAACAAGCCAAGCCUCAGGAGGAUUGGGAAACGUGUUAUCUGCACCAGCCUACAGCAAGGCUGACACCGCUGGCAUUGUGCAGGUGUCACGGGGAUCUCCCAGCCAGCUUCGGUCCAUGGGGAGGAGAGAGCAGAGGUGGCUCUAGCCUAGAGGGGUUAGAUUAGCUCCCCCUUGUCCCCUUGCUGCUGUGUUUGAGGUUCAGCGGUGCUAGUGAUGGAUAAGAGUUACCCCUGUGGUCUUCCUUUACUCCUCAGGACCCAGCUCCUUCACAUAUCAGAGGCUCCCAGAGCCUUUCUGGAGCAAUAAGACUUAAAACAAGCAUUACCAUCGUUGUGGAAAUCCUCCAUUGUGUGCGUUGUAUGUUUCCUCCGUAUGCAGUACCGAGUCUGGGUUUAAGCCUGCCAAGCGUCAUGGGGCAACUGCUUCAGGGCACAAACUGGGACAUGUGUCCCUGUGCCUUCUGCAGGUCACAAGAGCAGGGAAACAGGUUGCUGCUUUCCUUCGUUACCCUGGGCGUGCGCUCUCCAAGCCUCACACUACAGCUGCCUGGGGCGAGGGGGGACUUCUGGUCCUGUUUUGGAGACACCGCUGCAGGAUGGGCUUGCCGUGCUCAGCCUCCCAUCCCAUCAGCCAGGCUGUGCAGGAUCCAAAGCUCAGCAGAGGAGCAGCAUCUGGAAAGCAGACCCCCCAGCUCCCUCGGCAGCGGGAUGCGGCUGGUGCUCAUCCUGCUGGCUCCCUCGCCAAGGUGCUGCCGGGAGCCAUUGCCCGUGGUGGGGAGGGCUGUGCCGGCGGCUUCUCUGCUGCUCAGCUGGUUACUGGGCACAUCGCAGCAUGUGGCCCUUCAUGUCCAAAGGCAUUUCACGCUUCAGAGCGGGGCAGCGGGUGCAGCUGGAAGGGAAAUGCAGGAAGCUGCUCUCUUCCAGCUGCGACCUGACAAAUCCUGUUUCUCUGCAGUCUGCCCAAGUGCUUUUAACUCUGAGGGUGAUGUCCAGGUUGCUGGAAGAGCUCGUAGGGGCCACAUAGGAGUGCUUGGUGUCCCCAUUCUGGCGCCUGUCCCCUCCCCAGAAGAUGCCCAGCCCACCCCGGGCCUUCAGCUCACUCAUCCAGCAAAACCCAGCACUUUUGCAGAGGCGAGCCGCUUCCCUGCCACACCAGGGAGGUGCCGGGGCCCCAGCAGUGCUAGGUGAGCCCCAGGACAAGGACACCCUGGCCCAGCCUUGCUCCAGGCUCCCCCUGCUCCCUGCAGCCCCUGUGCUGAGCUAGCAAGAGCAAAAGGCUUAAACCCAGACUCCAAACUAAAGAUAAUGAUACUAGUAAAUGAAUCUGUAUUUUUCUUUUUUUUGCACAGAAGCUGGUAAUCUAGGACCUAUGUGUGAACAACUUUAUAUAAAUAUUUUUUGUACUUGGUUUACUCGGGUUGGUAUGAGACGUUCUAUUUAAGUUCUUUAAACACUGUGGAUACCCUGAUGUGUAUGAGUGGCAGAGGCUUUGUAAAUUAAGAGACGUUUGUGUGAAUAAAGCUAUUUGAUGGGGUUGAAAAG